UUGUGUUCUCUUGAAAGCAUUAAUUAGUACACAAUAUAUUUAAUGGGUGCUCUUCUUUUAUUUAUGUUUGUUUUUGCUAAUCAGGUGAUUGGUGGAUUCAAUACAAAGCUACCACCUCCUACCUAUGGAAAUGCAAUAACCAUUCUCAACAUUGAUGGAGGUGGUAUUAAGGGAAUUCUUCCUACUGUUCUUCUUCGGAACUUGGAAAAAGCUCUUCAGAAUGUGUCAAAUGAUGAAACGGCAGCACUUGCAGAUUAUUUUGAUGUGAUAACAGGGACUAGCACUGGAGGACUCAUUGCUGCUAUGCUCACUACUCCUCACCCAAAUGACCCUUCUCGUCCUCUACUUUCUCCUGAACAAAUCAAACAAUUCUACUUGGAUUUUGGUCCUUCUAUAUUCAACCAAACUGCUGCUAGAAAGUGGAGUCCAAUAAUAAGCCAUUUUCCAAAGUAUGACGGGAAGUUCUUACAUGAAAAAGCACGCGAGAUAUUGCAAGAGACACGUUUGAGUGACACAUUGACCAAUGUUGUAAUCCCUGCCUUCGACAUCUUGCAAGUUCACCCAGUUAUAUUCUCAAGCUUUAAGGUGAAGAAAGUUCCUAGCUUAAAUGCAAAACUGUCGGAUAUAGCCAUUGGGACUUCAGCUGCACCAACUCUUCUACCAGCCUAUAACUUUACGAAUGGUGAUAAUGAAUUCAAUUUAAUUGAUGGUGCUCUGGCUGCAAGUAGUCCUGCCUUUCUUGCAGUGAAUGAAGUGAUGCAAGAAUUGGAGGAGAAAAAUUAUGAUUUCAUACCUGUGAAUCCAAACGAACCUACCAAAUUCGUGUUGUUGUCAUUAGGAUGUGGAAGAACAGGGACUCCAGGGCAUAAUACUUCAGUUGUAAAUCAGUACACAGCAACGAAAUGGGCACCCUUUCUACUUUCAGGUCUUCUUGAAGCUGCUCGAGACAUAGUUGAAUAUAACCUUGAAUCAAUCUUUCCAAGUCUUCAAUCGUCCGAGAAUUACUACCUUCGAAUUGAGGAGUAUAGCUUGGAUCAAACCCUUACUGCUGAUAAUGCUACCAUAGAAAACAUGGAAAAACUUAUAAAGGCAGGAGAGGACUUGUUGGAACAACGAGUUAAGAUUCUGAAUGUAACUUCUUUCACCCAUCACGAAAAACCAAGUGAGCUGGAUACAAACGCCGAGGCUCUACAAGGGUUGGCUGAGAUUCUAUACAAAGAGCAGCAGCUGCGUUUGAAAACCAAAUCAAUAAUGGAAAAGAGGGGACGACCAUUUGUUGAUGCUAUUACAUCCCCUCUACGUAUGUUUGGAAUGGAAUAAAUGACAAGUGCAUAUAUGUGCAUGCAUUUAUAAUAUAUAUUAAGUACGUACGUAGGCUUGUACUAUGUUGCAAGUUCUCUGUGCAUGGUUUGAAAUAAAUAAAUCAAUGGAUAUGUGUCUUUCAUGAUGAGUGUUUCUACUUUGUUGUUUUCCUUUUCAAAUGUAUUUGGUCUUGUACUAUGUUGUUUUACUAAAAUAAGGGUAAGGAUUUGACUGUACUUUGUAUUCCUUGUAUUACAUCUGCUUAUGAAAAAGAAUUUGGUCCUUUCCUUUA